CUUCAUAACGCGCUCCGCUGCGCCUCGGCGCUGAACUCCACAAUUCAGCGCGAGACUAAAGAGGAUGAGAGCUGAAGUCAGUGAGCCGGCAUCCAAAGCUUCUUAACGGCAGCAGGUGGAAGGAGGGAAGGAGGGAAGGAGGGAGGAAGUCCAAGAGGAAAAGGAGGAGGAGGAGGAGGGAAUGUGUGGGAGUGUGAGUGACUGAGUGCGUGAAGAAACCGGGUACCGAGACGCGUCCAGGUGGACCACUCACUUUCUCCCUGUCAUCCUACCUGCACUGCGCACUGCUGCUGUAUUAUUAUAAUAAUAAUUAUUAUUAUCGUUAUUAUUAUUAUUUAUUAUCAUUAAUGUUAAACCAAGUUCAGAACCAUGGCCCCGUUUUGUAGAGUCGACACGGUGUAACUGGGUCUCUAGGACUGAAGAUGACCAGAGACAGAGCCGGUUUGAUGGACCGGGGACACCAGAGGACCGCGUUUUUCCUUCUCGCGCUCGCUUUCCAGGCUCUGGCUGUCCAUGCAGUCGGUAUGUUUGAGCUGCAGAUCCGCCAAUGGCAAAACUCUUUUGGCAUACUACAGAAUGCUCAGUGCUGUGACCUCCAGCCCAGCGGGGGACAGCGAUGUCCUCAAAGUGACCAGUGUGACACCUUCUUCAAGGUCUGUCUGAAGGAGUACCAGGCUCGUGUGGCACCCACGGGCACAUGUACAUUUGGUACUGGCAUAACGCCGGUCCUAGGUGGGAACUCCCACAGCAUCCAUCGUCACGGGCCCGAAGGAGGCCGGAUCGUCAUCCCAUUCAAAUACGCCUGGCCGAAAUCCUUCUCCUUGGUGAUCGAGGCCUUUGACCAUGACAAUGAAACGUCAGAGCCAGGUCAGGAGCAGCUGAUAGAGCGGAUGUCGUUGUCCUCUAUGCUGAACCCGGGAGAGCAGUGGCAGCCGCACAAGCACCACGGCCGCCAUUUUACUCUAGAGUACUGGCUGCGUUUCCGCUGCGACACCAACUAUUACGGGCCGCUAUGCAACAAGUUCUGCCGUGGCCGCGAUGACUUCUUUGGCCACUUCGACUGCGAUACGGCGGGCAGUAAAGUCUGCAAAGACGGCUGGACAGGACCACAGUGUUCACUGGCGGUGUGUAAGCAGGGAUGUAACAUAGCCCGUGCUUCCUGCACUCUUCCAGGAGAAUGCGAGUGUAAUUAUGGCUGGAAGGGUGAUCUGUGUGACAAGUGUGAGACGUUUCCAGGCUGUGACCAUGGCACCUGCGUGGAUCCCUGGCAGUGUGUGUGUGACACCAACUGGGGCGGUCUGCUCUGUGACAAAGAUCUGAAUUACUGUGGAACCCACCAGCCCUGUAAAAAUGGUGGUACUUGCAUCAACACAGAACCGAAUGAGUAUCAGUGUGUGUGUCAAGAUGGAUUUCGUGGUCGUGAUUGCAGCAUUGUGGAGCAUGCAUGUCUCACUUCUCCAUGUGUGAAUGGAGCAACAUGUAAAGAAGACCAGACAGGCUUCAGUUGUGCAUGUGCAGAUGGCUGGACUGGACCCACCUGUGCACUUGCUGUACUGCAUUGUGACUCCCAUCCAUGCGGCCAUGGGGCCACAUGCCUUGAGACUGCCCAGGGCUUCCAGUGUCUCUGCCCACCAGGCUGGACUGGCAAGACUUGCCGGAUAGACUUGAACGAAUGCGAGACGGGCAUCUGUGUCAAUGCUCGCUCAUGCCGAAACUUGAUUGGAGGAUAUCUGUGUGACUGCCUUCCUGGAUGGGUGGGGCCAAACUGUGACACGAGGAACAGCAGCUGCCAGGGCUUGUGUCUGAACGGAGGGCGCUGUGAGGACUCACAUUGUGUGUGUUUGCCGGGUUUCGUUGGUAAACAAUGCCAGACAGUAGUGGGAAUGUGUGACAGCACCCCCUGUCUGCACGGAGGACAGUGUGAAGAACAGAAGGAUGAACCGAGGAUAGUCUGCAAUUGUCCACCGGAAUAUACUGGAACUUAUUGUGAGACAAUGUUAGAUCCUUGUAAUCCCAACCCCUGUCAGAAGGGGGUGCCAUGCCACAGCACAGAGAGUGGCUACAUGUGUGGCUGUCCCCAGGGUUACUAUGGAAACUCGUGUUUAAAAGAACUGUGUCAUGGGCCACAUUGUCAAGGCACAGCGAACGGAAUGUUCAGUGUGUAUAUGGUGUUACUGGGUGUGUUGGCCGUAUUGGUAGCCGUCGGAUGCUCUGCCUGCGCUCUUCUCCUGUCCCGUCUGCACCGUCGCCAGCGUCCCAAACAACAGCCGAGUGCCACGCCCCCAGAUGCCGCCAUCAACAACCAGCGCCAAUUCUGCACUCUCAUCCGCAACGUAGAACACACUACAGCGCUACUCGGUCCUGGACAAACUCAGUCCAUUUUGUGUGGUUCUGCCCGACCAGCGCUGCAGCUGGAAGAGAUUGAGCUGACCCUACCGACCUCACAGGUUCCACCCCCCAACCAGAAAUCAGACCCGCCCCCUGUUCUCAAACCCAGCCUCGCACCAAAACUUGACAUCUGCAACCGCGAGCGCGAGAAACUGAAUCGCUUCCACUACUCUGAUAACCAGGAAGUGGAAGCAUGACCUUGUCCUGAGCUUUGGGACGAUGCACUACUACAUCUGAUCACUCUAAAACAGCCUCCUGAUGCAGAACUUAGACCUGUGACCAGAAGAAAAAAGGUCAGAAGGAGAGAAAUCUCUGUGUAGGAACGAAACUGCACUCCAGGCAGGAGCUGUGGACGUCGCUGCUGUCAGGUUAGGUAUAUAAAUGCAUAUAAAGGCCAAACAGUCAGAGGUCAAAAGGGACAGCGAUCUUUUUUGAGGCCACGUGACUCUCAUUUUUGAAUCAUGGUUAUUUAAUUGUAUUUGAUGUGUGUUUACACAAGUGCCAUCUGUAUUUCUACACAUCUGCAUUUGUGUAUGUGUGUAUGUGUGUGUGUAUGCAUGAUUAUGAAUGUGGUGUUUUUAAGAACCGAAUCCCACACAGUCAUACACAUGGGUAUAUUUUGGAAAACCUUUACUUUUUUCCUUCUCCAGACAGAACAAUGCGAGGAAGAGGUGACACACACCACUAAACGACUGAAAAAGCAAAAGGGUUGUAGAGGCUAACUAAAAGAGUGCCACACAAGUUCUAGAGAUUAUGACUCUAUUGCAUUUUAUAUUGCCCAUCAUGUUGCAGCUGUAAGAGAUGUAUGAUUUUUUUUCAUAUAUAUAU